UGGUAUUUAUUAGUACUAUCAGUACUGUGCUAGUACUGCUACUUUGGAAUUAUAGUAUCUACAGUUUCAAUGAUUGUGACAGAAGAAAUUGUGUUGACCUCACUGGUGCUGGGUGUUUUAUCAAUAAUAACAUGUCUGGCUUUAGGCAUCGGAAUAGCAUGUUAUUUAUAUUACUCUAAAAUGUCAAAGAUUGAGAGAAGAUGGUCCUAUUCAUCAAGGGGUUCCAAAGAAGAGAAGAUCGACCCAAAAAUAUUCACUCACACCUCUUUCGUUCCACAAAAUGUUAAAGCUGAUCCUCGUCGACCUUCCAUUGCUGUUACAGAACUUGAUAAGGACACCAGCGUCAUGACUUUGGGAGUAGGUACACUUCGUCAGGUGACUCUUUCACUACUUCAAGACGUCAUAAUAAACCUCUACAAUAUCAGAAUCAAGCUCGACAGUAAAAACCAGAAAUUUAAAUCCGGGGACGAAUUAGCCAUGACUACAGCUUCUGACAUCAAGGCUGUCCAUGAUCAACUCCGUAAACGUCUUACCGUUGUUUUUAAACAAGACCCGAAUAAGAUUGAACUGUUUUCAAACAUUGGUCAGAACAUCCUAACAGCUAACUCCAUACGCCAAAUUCUCGACGCCAUGUUCCGCGUGUGUCGCCUUGCUCGGGGUAUCGUCAGAGAAUGGAAAGUGGAGCACGAAAUUUUCAUUGGCACCGUUCCUGAGGAUGGAACCGGGUACAUCAAUUUUACAGUUGAAGAUAAUCUAAAUAAGAUGAGCAUCACAUGGGACGACCAGAAAUUUGCACCGGUAUUUUUGGAUACAGUCAGCCUAAUGUUACAAGCUUUACGUGAUGAACGAAGACAGCCAACACCGACAGAGUACCUUGCUAUACAUUUGGCUUAUAACAGCAUCGCUAAUGGUAAACAAUUAACAUCAAAAUCACACCGACCUCUAGGAUCACCAGGAUUCAGACCUCACACCCAGACGUACAUGUCACUUACUGAUCCCGGUGAUGGUCACGUUCUCGGUACCACACGAUUUAACGACUGGAUGACAGGAGCUAUAGUACAUGUUGAACAUUUAGAAAGACCUGGUAAUCUUCCUAGACAACAGAUUGAGUCAUACCGUGUCCCAUCCCUACAGGAUUUUUCACGCGUUCGGCUCCAUGUGGGUUCAGCCGCACCAAAUACCUACUUUGUGGGCAGACACAUGAAAGACUCUGGAGACUUUGAUAACGAUUUCUUGAAAGUCGUUCAUAUGACAUCGGCAACGGCCUCGGCAGCUUUUGGCCAGGGCGGUGCAGAGUGUAAGGUUGCUAUGGAAGGAUUGAAAACUUCAGAAGCUGUUCGAUACAUGAGAGCUUUAAGAUGUCACGUUCACAGAAACCGCCUGUCCCAAUUUCUGUCGGCAGCUUGGAACCUUAACCAAACUGUCAUAGAUGAUUAUGAAAAGGAAACCCCGGUCAAAUUGACUGAGCGAAUAGAUAUUGCUCUCCGGGCCAUAGAAAUUACAUGUAUUGGUGGAUUUGACAAGGUUACGUGGGAUGGAGCAAGCGACUCCUACCCGUCAAAAUGCAUCAUGUAUCAGCUCACCUUUGAAGAAGCCCUGUCCAUCGUCCAUGCUGCUCAUUUAAGAGGGUUGGUCACUUACUUCUCCGCUGGGUUCAAAUUUGAUGAGAUCAAGCAUGCUGUUUAUUCAGGAACUGAUGGAAUAGGUAUUGGUGGAGCCCAAGUUUUAAGAUUUAUGGAUCACGAAACUGGAAUGCAUGGACCUUACAUGGAAGAAAAUAUCCCUCGAAUCCUCAGUGAACGAGACGCUGCUGCCAAUUCCAUCAGAGGUCGAGGAGUACAUCUUUUGGCUAGAAUGGACACAAUGUUUUUUGAGGGCUCUAUAACUCGCGAAGAGGAUGCUCAGCGAGAGCAACUAUACACGGUUCUUCAGAAAAUUGACGAACAAGGUAUACAAGAAGUAAUCAAACAGUCAGAACGAAUCGUGAAUCUUCCGGUUGAAAAUUCAUUACCGUUGAUUGGCUCAGCUAGACGUUUGGUUGCAACAAAAUGGCCGCUAUUACGUUCCAUAACCUCAGAAGAUGAAACGUCGGAGUGGUCGUCCUUUGUGAACCGUCUCAGAAGUCUUUUGGAUCGAGGUCUGGAAUCUACCAUCGAGGAAGAAUAUGACGGCGAACCCUGGUUAACUUUCAGAAUGAAAUACCGAGAGAGACUACAAUCCAAAAAUAUCAUCACCCGUCAAGGAUCAUUUACACAUUGUUAUAGAACCUUCUGAGGUUAUGGCCAGUCUGAGGUCCUGGGAAUUCUAUGAGGUCUUUUAGAAGUUGUUUGUUUAUUCCAUCUGUGAUAAUUGUGAACAUUUCUCUGUCUGAAGAUCAAAACUGGGUGUUAAACCAAUUUUGAAAAUCGAGCAACCUUUUAAUAGUCCUAACUAAACAAUGAUUAUUCCCUCUUUUGACAUCCAUAGAAAUCCAAGAAUGGCUUUUAAGUGUUAACGAAAAACUAAUAUAUAUGUGUGUAAAAGAUUUUGUUAUUUUUUUAUUGUAAAAAUGGCGCUUACUUCCCUUUUAUAUUUUAAAAAACACGAUAAUGGAUAUAUAACUCUUUUCUUUAAUGUUUGCUACGUUUCAAUUCACAUAUAGGAAUUCAUAAUAGUGUUCUUAUUUAUUUAAUGUUUUAACUACUUCUAAAUGUCAUUUAAAGACUUUUAUAUGUUAUAAUAAGGUAUUUUAGACAUUUAUGAGGUUUUAUAGCACUAUGUGGUUUUAGAACUUUAUGAGGUUAUUAAGCAAUAUUAUUGAAGAGGUUCUAGAAUGUAAUAUACAAGUAAUAUAGCAAUAUAAAUCUCAAGAUUUUUUUUUAGGAUAUCAAACACUAUGAGGCUAGUUGAAGCUUUAUAACUCUCUGUGGUUUUAUAUCGGCCAUAUAUCGGAUUGAAAAUUCCGUUCUGUAAAAUUUUUUCAUUGUUUAUCAUUAUCAACAAUCCUCUCAAUUUAAACCAAAAAUAACAGGCGAAAUGUGAGUUUAUGAACAUUGUGGUUUGGCAGUAGGUUUGUAUUUUAUCAUGAAUUUUUGUUAUAAUGUAAUGUAUAUAUUUAAUUUGAACCAAUCUAAAUAAAUAACAUUUAAAUAUU